AUGGAUGGUAAACGAGAAUCCAAGAAGGAAUCGAAGAAGGGCCUCAAGAACAUGCUCUCCCUGCGUAGAAAAGAGGCACCAGGGUCAGCUGUCAGCGCAGGCAACGGUGGUGCAGGAGAUAGUUACUCACGGGAUCAUUCAACUGGCUCUCACCACAACGGUGGGCGUGCUCAUGAUAGCUUUUCAGACACUCCUCGUCUCUCUUUCGAUAAUUCCAAUCUCGCCCAUUACCCAGAGGAGAAGAUCAAUGAGCUCUUUGAAUCCAUGCUGGAGGAUAUGAACAUCACUGGAGAUAAGCGUGCUCCUCUCCUGGAUAAACCCCUUAAAUUUAAAAUCGAAAUGCUGGCGUCUUCAAAAUAUGGAGCGAAUAAAACGUCAGGUAGUCCUGCUCACUAUUGCAAGGAGUUGGGGAACGCGAAGUUCUUGAGUGAAAAGGAAAUCUUCAAGACUCUCGAAUCUCUACGAGUUGCUCUCCUUAAUGGACGAGUUAGUUGGGUGAAGGAGUUCAACAACAAUGAAAAUGAUGGUCUGAACCUUCUGCUUGAAUUUCUUGCUCCUACUCAGAAUCGAACUAUUACAUAUUUGAGUUUGAGAUGCGUUCGUGCUCUAGGUAAUUGUGGUUAUGGUCUCUAUGCCUUGGUUGACCACGAUACUGCUUCCACAUUCAUUGCGAGGUGUCUCAAUGUUCACGAUGCUCCUUUGAUGGAGUGUUCUCUUGAGCUACUCUCUACGAUGGCCAUGUGUAGUCUGAAAGGUCAUGAAAAAGUUCUCGAAGGUUUGACUUUCUGUUCAGAAUUUACCCCCAAUCAUCCUCCAAGAUUUGAACCCCUUAUUCAAGGCCUUUCCAACCCUGAUCUUGCUUGCGCCUGUCUACAGCUUAUUAACGUACUUGUCUCGGCUCGAUUUCUCUCUGGCGAGACUAUUGUCCUGGACUAUCGUAUUCAUCUGCGUUUGGAACUCGCCAGUCUUGGUCUUAAUCAAUGUCUCUCGGAGUUGGAUAAAUCCACUGAUCCCAACAUUAUCAAUCAUGUGGGUAUAUAUCGGCGAUUCGCUGAAGCAGAUAAUAUCGAACUGUGCGAGCGGUUCGAUGUUGCUAGAGCAGAUUUAAAUGACGUGGAGCAGGUCUACCAGCUCAUUCAAAGGUCUGUGUCCAACACUCCUUCGGAGAAAAUUUUCUUAUCGAUUCUUCAGCAUCUCUUGUUCAUUAGGGAAGAGCCCCAUCGCCAUCAUUACUACAAUCUCCUAAAUGAAAUUGUUGCCCAAGUUGUACUACAGACCGAUGGCGUCGAUAUUGAUCCAGCUUUGGGUACCUUACGCCUGGAUAUUGAAGGAACUAUUAACGCACUGAUGGAAGCCUAUAAACAAUCAGAUGGAGGAAGUGGGGCUAAGGUAGAGGAAUUGCAAAAGAAGUUAGAUCAAGCUCUACAGGAAAAACAGGAAUUGGAAGCCACGCUUGAGAAGCUGAAAUCAAAUAUUGCUAGUGGUGGUGGGAUCAGUGCUGGUGGAGAAACUGGUAGCAGCACGAAUGUGCCCUCCCCCCCUUCAGGGGCUUCAGCGCCCCCACCUCCUCCGCCUCCUCCACCACCGCCUCCUCCUCCGCCACCUCCGGGAGGCCCUGGUGGUCCUACGAUGCCACCACCCCCACCCCCUCCUCCUCCAGGUGGGGGUAUUCCACCACCACCUGGUGCUCCUCCCUUGGUUGGCGGCAUUUCUGCAACUCCACCUCUUCCCUUUGGCAUGAAAGCCAAGCCCAUCUAUAAACCCAAGCUUCCCAUGAAAAAGGCAAAUUGGGAUAAAGUGGAUCAGAAUGCUUUAGCUAAAGACUCUGUCUGGGUGAAGAUACAGGAGAAUGAGCUCGCCUCGGAUGAUCUAUUCGCUUCACUGUCGGAGAAUUUCAACUCUAAACCGAAGAAAUUUACCGGUAGUGGUGAUAGUGAAGCUGGAGAAACUGGUCGUGGUGGUACCAAGGGUGGUGUUGGGACAGCAGCUAUAGCCAGGAAGGCGAGACAUUUACGAGUUUUGGACGGUAAAACUGCUCAAGCACUGUCUAUUCUUCUCGGUUCAAUAAAAGUUCCAUAUGAUGAACUUCGAAGGCGAAUUGUUGAGAUUGAUGAGGCUUUACUCUCUCCGGGCAUUGUGGAACAAUUGUUAAAGGCCCUUCCCGAACCAGAGGUGAUUAGACAAGUUGUUGAGCUGUCUGCAGAUUAUGACGAGCUAGGAGAAGCCGAACAAUUCCUUUGCAAGGUGGGCACAAUAAAGAAACUCAUACCACGUCUGAAAUCAAUACUCUUUAAAAUGCGCUUCCAGGAGAGAGUGGAUGAAAUCAAGCCUGACAUUGUUGCAGUGACUGAAGCGUUGAAGGAGUUGAGACAGAGUAAACACCUCGUUCAAGUGAUUGAACUUGUUCUCCUGUUUGGAAAUUACCUUAACGCUGGCUCGCGUAAUGCUCAAUCCCUGGGCUUCCAUCUUUCAUUCCUUCCCAAAUUGACGGACACAAAGGAUGUUGUUGGAAAAUCUACCCUUCUUCAUUUCUUGAUUAGAGUUCUUGAAAAGAAGUUCCCCGAUAGUGUAUUUGGUCUCACUAAUGACUUGUCCUACAUUGAUCGAGCCUCACAUUUCUCUGAGGAUGCUACUGCUGCAGCUAUUACUGAAAUGAAGAAGUCAUCGGACGCAUUGGAAAAUGAUUUGAGAACAUACACAAUCACGGAUCCUAAAGACAACUAUCCCACGGUGAUGAAACAAUUCCUCGCAGAAGCCCAGCAACAAACAGAAGUGGUUGAAAGUAUGUUCAAACGAGUGCAUGAGAGGCAUGUUGAAGUGGCUGCGUACUUCGCAUUCGAUCACAAUAAGUACUCAAUUGAGAGUUUGCUAGAUGAUAUGAGUAAGUUCCUCUACUCCUUUAAACGUGCUGUGACGGAGAUUCAAGAACAGAGAGAGUUGGAGGAGAAACAGAAAAGGUUGCUUGAAGAAAGGCAACGACGAGAGGAAGAAAAGGCUGCAGAAAAAGUCGCUGGUGGAAUCAACAGAAAACCCACAGAAGACGAUGGAAAUGUUAUCGAUAAUCUCAUUGAAUCACUUAAAAGUGGUGCCGCUUUCGGUGCGGACGGUUUCGGCCCACCUGUUAGACGUCCUAGGAAUCGAAAUAUUCCUCCUGGAGCUAAUAUGUCCCCUGCGGCUGUUGCCCUGCGCCAGAAUCUUGUCCGUCAGCGAUCCAGACGUUUGGUUCAACCUCUUGAAGGCCGAUGA